AUGCUCGAUAACCUUCGAGCACAAUCUUUCUAUCACCAUGGUCGGCAGAUAGCCUUACUUGAGCUGACUAACUACCCCAGUGUCGAGACUGUGCAAGCAUUCGUUUUAAUCAGCAUCUUCAUGUUAGGGUGUUCUAGGCGAAACGGUGCUUCGUUGAACCUAGGAAUCGCCAUUGGUGCUGCGAAAUCUCUCGGCUACCACCAAUCCAAUGCAAAUUCAGCAUAUGAUGAUAAUGAGCGCCGGCAGAGAGCCCAGAUCUGGAAAACCUUGCGCUAUCACGACUUGUUCUUCUCCGCAAUGAUGGGCCGAAGCUCCUCUACUUCUGAUACGGGGUUUAACAUCGACGAAGCACAAUCUUCCACCCCCAUCGAGGAUGAGUAUGAUCAAAGCUUAUCUAUGACUGAGUCGGCACGUGCAUUCCUCGUCAUGGAACACAUAAUUAACGACGUGUACACAAAGCGAACGGUGUCACUAGGCUUAUUGCAAUCUCUUGCUCGAGAGCUACAGGAAAAGUGUUCCGUGCUGCCGAAGUCGUUACGCAAAUCUUCCGGGCCUACAGUUCAUGGGAGGUUUUGUCAAUCAAUCCAACAACGCAAUCUUCGAAACGCUCACGUCACUUGUUCAUACUACUUUGCCAUGAUGCUGCUCACCCGACCAUUCUUGAUUACUACCUUGAGAGCAAAAACACCCUCUGGGUCUUCAAGAGACCCACACGCAAGAAGAGCCAAUAACGGGGGUAAUAGUGAUAUUUCCUCGGAAAUUGCCCAUGGUGCAACAACUUGUAUUGAUUCAGCUACGUAUGCUAUACAGCUUUUGCAUGAAUUGCUCACAGCCAACAUGCUGUUCAACAACAUGCCAUUUUUCAUUGCGUGGGUUUUCGUCUCUGUGCUCGUCUUGAGCUCAGCCCAUUUUGGCCAACUAGAUCCUCAGAGAUCGAUAACACGAACCCUGCGCCAAGCCGACGAUAUCCUGGCUUGCUUUGCAGUGAACAGUCCACAAGCCAGGCGUUAUCGCCUUAUUCUGAAGAAACUUUCAACAGCCGCAGAACGCCAGAACGAGUCAAAGUCACAGUCUCGUGUUGUUCAUAUGCCACGGUUAUUCCACUUGGACUCUGGCGACUCUGGGCGCAGUCCACUCGCCGGGAGUUCCAUUCUCCCCGAGGAAGCAACAGAGGGUGGAAACAUGUCUCAGCCUAAAAUAUGUAACUGUUGUGGAAUUACUCCAGGCGGACGAGCGGUGGCUCCUACAGGCAGGCCCGAAGCCUACCACAACUCUGCUUCAUUCCCGCAAUCCGCCUUUCAUUCUGAAGAUAUCUUGGAUGUUUCUGGUUCCGACCUGGGCGGACCCCCAAUGACAAGUACGAAAGAAUCGCUUGGAUACGGAUCCCUGUUUCAGUUUGAAGGUGAUGCAUCUAUCUGGGACUUUACCUGGGCCGGUUCGCUUUAG